GUGGCGAUCGCGGCCGCGGCGCUCGCGAUCAAGGCUUCGAAGUCGAGCACGAUCGGAGGCGCGUCCAAGCAAAAGAGAAUCGUCAUCGCCGGUGCCCCGGCGAGCGGGAAGGGAACGCAGUGCGAGAUGAUCGUCAAGAAGUUUGGCCUCACGCAUAUCUCCGCCGGUGAUCUCUUGCGCGCGGCCGUCGCGGCCGGUACCGACGCCGGUAAGAAAGCGAAGGAGUACAUGGACCGAGGCGACCUCGUGCCCAACGAAGUCGUCGUCACCAUGGUGAAGGAUCGCUUGGCGCAACCCGACUGCGCCAAGGGUUGGCUGUUAGACGGCUACCCAAGAAGCGAGGAACAGGCCGAAGCGCUCAUCGAAAGUGGGAUCGACCCGGACUUGUUCCUGUUGCUCGACGUGCCGGAUGAAAUUUUAAUCGACCGCGUCGUCGGUCGUCGACUCGAUCCGGUGGAUGGUACCAUCUACCACAUGACCUUUUUCCCGCCGCCAACGCCCGAAAUUGCGGCGCGCUUGACGCAGCGCAGUGACGACACCGAAGAGAAGGCGGCCAACCGCUUGGCUGUGCACCACAAGAAUGUCGACGCCGUCGUCGGCAAGUACGAGAGCAUAAUGAAGAACGUGGACGGUAACCGCGCCAAGCAAGACGUGUUCAAGGAUAUCGAACGUCUCAUCAAGGCUAUGUAA